GCACUUUUCUCACUUUUUCGCACCAAUAUUUUUGGUGCUGUGAUCAUUGACCAUACCACCUUAUGGAAAACCUUCUUCCUAAUAAAUAGAAGUUUUAGUACGUUUUAUUAACACUUUUGCCUAAUUUCUUCGCAGCGCCUUGAACGCAUUUUAAAGUUGCCGCGUACGUCGUUUUAACCUUGGACCAUUUCAGUAGUCCUCUGUGCCACGUGUUUUGCAAUGACAACUCCUGUCGUUCUUUAUGGUAUCGUUAAACAGGUCCUAUCUGGCGAGUCUAUCGUGAUCCGGGAUCGUCCGGUAGAUGGACCUCCUCCAGAACGAACGAUUGUAUUAUCCCAUAUCACCUGUGGUCGUUUGGCUCGCAAGCCGACGCCAGUCAACCCGGACAGCGGUACAGAAGAUCCAUUUGCCUGGCAGGCCCGCGAAUUUGUUCGCACGAAGCUCGUUGGGAAAGAAGUGUGCUACCUCGUUGAAAAUGAGCUUGCAUCCGGUAGAAAAUAUGGAUGUGUUUAUCUAGGGCGAACUGUUGACGGAGAAAACGUGGCGCUCUCACUUGUGGAUGAAGGCCUCGCCGAAGUCCGUCGACUGAACAACAUUGCCGCGGAGAAAAACCCACUUUAUCAGUUGUUAUUGGCCGCUGAAGAGUCUGCGAGAUCAUCCGGGAAAGGGCGCUGGUCUUCUGUCCAAACAGGCGCCAUCAGAAACAUAGUUUGGGCAAUCGAUGAUCCCAGAUCUUUUGUUGAGCAACUCAAAGGUCAGCGAAUCCCGGCCGUAGUGGAAUACGUGAAGGAUGGUAGCACAAUGUUCCUUACUCUCCUGCCUGUUGAUCCUGUUAGCAACCUAUAUCACAACUUGACCCUAUCAUUAUCCGGUAUAAAGGCUCCCACCAUCCGAUUUGAAGAUGGCAAACAGGUUUGUGAACCAUUUGCCUUGGAUGCGCAGUUUUUCGUUGAGUCCCGUCUGCUACAGCGAGAUGUCUUCGUGUUGUUGGAGGGUACCUGGAACCAAACGUUUAUUGGCAGUGUUAUCCAUCCCAAUGGAAACAUCGCUGAAGUACUCCUUCGAGAAGGACUUGCUAAAUGCUUAGAGUGGAAUCUGAGUGUGGUGAGUAUUCCUGGCGCCAGCGAAGCCUAUCGUAUUAGUGAACGUUCCGCCAAAGAAAAGCGUCUUCGCUUGUGGAAAGAUUAUCAACCUUUGACAUCGUCUGAGUCUCUGAAAAAUCAAGAUCCUAAUAAGACACUUCCCGGGACGGUGUUUCACGGAACUGUUGUCGAAGUAGGCAAUGGGGACAACGUUUCGGUCAAAUGCCUCGACGGAGUCGUGCGGAAAUUCUUCUUAUCCAGCAUCCGAGCACCGCGACCCAUUGUCUCCAACAGAGACGACGAAGAUAACCCAUCAACAGUCCGCCCUCGUAUUCGACCUUUGUAUGACGUUCCUUACAUGUUUGAAUCGCGGGAGCUGUUGCGAAACUACGUUGGAAAGUCAGUCACUGUCCACGUGGACUAUAUCCAACCGAAGACGGCAAAUGCGCUAGAUGAGCGAAUUUGCGGGACCAUUCACUCAGGUAGCACUAAUUUGGCGGAAUGUCUUGUCAGCAAAGGGUUAGCAAAUGUCAUCCGCUAUCGCAACGCUAACGACCCUCGAACUGUAGCCUACACGGAAUUAUUGGCCGCUGAGGAGUUGGCUCAAACCAAUGGACUGGGACUGUUUAACAAGCGCGAUGUUCCCGUACAUCGGGUUGUUGAUUUGACGGGAAACUUGGCGAAAUCACGACAGUUCCUUCCGUUCUUGAAAAGAGCCCCUCAGUCGGACGCAGUGGUGGAAUUUGUGGUUCACGCCAGCCGCCUACGCGUAUACUUACCUCGCGACACUUGCCUGCUCACCUUACUCUUAAGCGGUAUUCAGUGUCCACGAAGGGGAAGAUUAUUGCCAGAUGGGACGGAAGAGCCUGGUAUGCCCUUCAGUACGGAGGCAUACAUCUUUGUCAAGGAAUUAUGUAUGCAGAGGGACGUGGAGGUAACGGUAGAAACAAUGGACAGAGUUGGCAACUUUGUCGGUUGGCUCUUUGUUGACGGCGCGUCAGUGGAUACCUCAUCGAACACUCCCGCAAAAUCAAAUGAGAAAAAGAAGAAAAAGCCCUCCGAAGCUCCCGUGAAACCAAAGGUCAACUUAAGCGUACUGUUAGUCUCACGUGGAUUCGCAACUGUUCAUCGGGCGCCGUCGACCGAGGCCAGUCCUUACUACCACGAUUUGGAUAAGGCUGAGGAAACUGCCAAAUCCAGUCGCCUUGGUUUGUGGUCAUCAGAGGAAUUCGUUAAACAGUGGGAGGCCGAAUUGAAUAGCCUAAACGAUACCACCAACUCUGGUGGCGCAGAUGAGGAUCGGCUGUCCUGUAAUCUCAUUUCAGGCUAUUUGGAUGACCUGUCUAUAUUGCCGGUGGGAAACUCGGAAAAUGGGGAACUGGAUGAAAAGGAAGCUACCAGGAUCCACUGGAAGCCUGCUCAAGUCACGGCAAUCUCGAAGCCAGGUUCGGGUUCAGAGGGUCUCAGAUUCUUUGUUCAGCAUCCUUCAGACUCGGCUACAAUUAUCAAAAUUAGCCAGAGUUUGAAUUCUCCACCUCCUCCGCCAAUCCCAAACUACCAGCCGAAAAAAGGGGAGCUGUGCGCGGCUUCGUUCAGCUUGGACAAUUGCUGGUACCGAGCGCGCGUAGUUCGGCGCAAUCCCAAAUCGAUCACGGUGCAGUUCGUCGACUUCGGCAACGAGGAGACGAUUGAGAUUGAUGAAAUCCCGACGCGUGUGUCCCAGUUACCUUACUCUUCGCUGGCGUCAAUACCACCACAAGCUCACGAAUACCGUCUUGCCUUUGUACAGCUGCCCCCAGACGCUACCAAUAGAUCCUUUGCCGAGCACUCUUUCGCUGAGACUGUGGAAAACAAGGAGGUCCUAUUGGCUGUGCAGUUUGACCCGGUCCCUUGUGCAAAUGAGACCAUAAAACCGGUUCCGGGAGUUGCCAUCAAAGUGCCAUGCGCUGGCACUCCGGGUUCAUCGGAAUCCUCUCCGUGGAUUGAUGUGGCCUAUCAGCUGCUUGAAGAAGGUCUGGUUUGUGUCGAACCCAUGCGUCCACAGCUUCUCAAACCUGCGUCCCGAGUACUGUUACCCGGAUACCUUGAAGCCCAAGCGAAAGCAAAAAAAGAACGCAAGAAUAUCUGGUGUUACGGGGACUUCCGUGUGGAUACGAAUCAAUGAGCCAGAUAACUACCUUUGUGCCUUCCGAUCAUAGUCAGACAACUUCCUCCCCUCUGGUUUGAUUGCGAUCAUAUUUUUCUGGUCAUAGUAUUUUCUUGGCCCAUUGGAAUUGUUCUCUAUUGAUUUAGUAUAUUUUAGCGUGAAAUUGGGAGAUUGUCAUCCGGAUUUUCUCUCUUCACUGUUUUGCUCAUUUUGUUUUCUACCCUUUAUUGUUUUUCGUGCAAUUUCAAUGGUUUUCGAUGAACCUACUGUUAUCCUUUAUAAUGGCCAUAUGUGCACGUGAGUGUCCUUCUCGAAACUCGUGCGUAUCCAGCUCGUGCCGAAUCGUGUUUUUCGUAUGUUCUUAUGUUGUCUACAUUCGAUCGCAAUACAUUAGUUAUUUUUUUUGGAUUACAUUUAGCUUCAUCUGAGCUGUACAAGCCGCAAUUAGACACUGCUGUGUAU